AUGUCGGGGAAAGCGUAUACAAUGAAAGAAAUGAAAACUAUAGUAGAUUAUUUAAUUGAACACAAAGCUUACAGUGAAACCAAAGGAAGAAAAAUGUGGAUAGACUUACAAGAUUCAAAGGUGACAAAUCGAACAUGGCAAAGUUUAAAAGAAACAUUCAUUAAAAGAAUACUUCCUGAUAUUAGCAAUCCAUACUAUAAACUGACAACACAACAAAUAUCUAGCUUUAAGCAAGGUUAUGACAUAGAAGCAAGGAUUAGUAAUAGACUGCAAAUUAGAUCAGCAAGUGGUGAUUCAAACACAGAGGGUGAGAGCCACAAAAGUACUGAAGAACCUGACAGCAAUAAAGACAGAACAGGUGAGGAUCUUAACCAAUCAAAAUCAGAUCUAAGAGCCUCCACAGAAACACUAGUCUUAGAAAAUUAUGAAGCCCCUGAAGAAAUACAAGAACAAAGCCAAUCAAAAUCUCUUAGAGAACUUAUAACCUACUCCGAACCGUUAACACCAAUGCUUCAAGCAGUCAUGGAUGAUUUUGCUAGCGAUGAUGGUGAUGGAUCCAAUGAUGAACCUAAGAUGCAAAUAGUAGAACAACCAGACUCGGAAACUAAUGCAAUUGAUCCAGAUGUUAUUCUAGUAGAUGGUUCAAAUUCUGAUGAUCAACAAAAUUCAAAACCCAAAGAAAGUGAGAAAACUUCAGAUAAAAUACCAUCGUCUAACAAAAAUGACACUCAAAUUGAUGAACCAAAAUCAAAUGAAAAAGUUCAUGGCAAAGACCAUAAUGAUGAAUCUUCUAUCUUUCUUAAUGGAAGUGACACGAGUCCUAGUAAAGAGCGAAGUGUUACCGAGUUAAAAAAAAGUAAUGCAGAAAAUCUAAGCACUGAAAACAAACUAACGCAAAAUGCUUCGAACUCUACAACUGAUACUUUUUUGCCUGACAAUCAAGAAGGGUAUAAAAAUAAAGAAACUAAAAUAAAAGAGAGAACCAAAGCAAACUUAAAAAUAAGUGAUGCAAAACGUGGGAAGAGAAGAGCCAGUUCACAAGAUAAUCCUGCAAGUAGCCAAAAGAGAUUAUUGGAAAAUGAAAAGCAAACUAAUUCAGAUGUAGAUAUUCUCAAAAAAGCUAAUAAAAAAAUAGAUUUAAAAAAACUUAUAGAAAAUAUACCAGAAGUAGUGGAAGCGUCCACUGGUAAAGAAUCUAAUAGUGAAGCUAAAAAUCAAGAUACAGCUGCAAGCAAAGAGAAAGAGAAAUCAAAUGAAAUCAUGCAAAUUGACGAGAUAAGUACCCCAGAAAACGAAAACCCCUGUUUAAAGAGCGUAAGCCUGUAUGAAGAACAGUUUUCAAGCAAGAAGUAUACAGAUUCUGAAAACAGUAACGUUGAAGGUCAAAAGAAAGAAAAAAAGAAAAGCAAUCAAAAGGAUGAAAAAGCGGAAGCCACUAAAACAGUAACCGUGAGUAAUAAAGCUAAAGAAGUGGUGGUAUUGAAAUCCAAUUCUGAAUCUUUAAGCGAUUCAACAAACGAGCCAGCUAAGAGAGUUUCAGAUAGACUUCGCCAGCAAAGGGCUCUAGCGAAUGUUUUUGGAUUUAACAGUGGUGGAGUAAAUAGAAAUCGCAGAAGAGGGAACAGUUUUCGAAAAUCUCGAAAUUCUCGAAAUUCAAUAUCUCGCCAUAAAUCAAUUAAUAUGAGCACGGACUCGACCGAAUGGACCUCUGACACCGGGUCGGAGUACGUGUCGCCGCCUCGAGGACGGAGGAACAGACAGACAAGAAAAUAUUUAAAACCCAAAUCGGCCCGUGUGUUAUCGCUCGAGGAAGAAGGCGGGCUUUUUGUAAUGUAUGGGAAGAAAAUUUAUCCUGUUGUGAAAGAUGGCAAAAUUAUCAAAAACUAUGUCUCUUAUACACCAGAAGAUGAUGUUGAUCCGGAGGAGUCAUACUGGAAAUUGAAAUAUGUUGAAGAAAAGAAAAGGACAGCAGAACUUACUAAAUUAUUAAACCAAGGUAAAGAUAAAAGUGACACUGACACCAGAGUUCCUGUUAUACCAUCGACUUCAAUAAGUAAAGCGCUUGUAGACAGUCCAUCCAAAAAAGAAACAGAAAAAAUAGUCUCAGAUAAUAUAGCGAUAUAUAACGCUGCUACAGAAGAUAAAACAGUGAAACUAAAGGUCACAAAAAAUAACGAGGAAGUGCAGCUGGAGGGUCACUGGUCGCACGUGAACCCCGUGCUGGCGCAGGUGCUGCAGCUGCUGCAGCGCGAGCCCGCGCCGCCCGCCGCACCCGCGCCCGCGCCACGUGACUGCGCCUCCGACGCGUCCAGCGUCAAGUCCGCCUCCGUCGUUGUCCUUGAGCAAGAUGUUAGCGCAAGAGUCGACGAACUAGAAAAAGAAAUAUUUGAAAAAAUAAAACAAAAAGAAGACGAACAUAUUGAUUCAGACAAGGAAGAAAUUGAUAUGAAACCAGCUGAACCACAAGGAACCCCGAAGAAAGAAGAUGAAAAUGAUAAUAACUCAAAUGAAAACAUCACAAAACGCAAAGGUCGGCCGAGAAAGUCUGAAACAACGCCCACUGCACCUUCUCCGGCAAAAAAAUCUAAACUAGAUGCAGAAGUACAAGUAGAAUCAUCUAUAGCUACAAGAAGAUCGCUCCGGACUUCUAGAAAGAUAUCAGAUAAUAAUGAAGUGAAAGAAAAUAACACUCCAAAAACUCGCCAAAACACAGCAACAAAGUCAAAAAAAUUGGAGACUCCUGUGAGUGAUGACAUUAACGAAGUCAGGUUCAAGUUCCCUUCUUCUGCCGAGAAAAGUACUAACAAACCUAAAAAGGAUACGAAAAAUACAAGACUACGAAAAUCUAACAGCUCGACGCACUUCAAAAUAUACACAUCGCCAGACAACUUAUCUCACAAUUCCAAUGAAAGUACUCAGGGGUACGUCGAUUCAGACCCCAGCCCCACUAAAAUAACUUUAAGGAAAAAAAGAAAAUCGAGCAUCACUAUUCCGGCUUAUAGAACUAGAAGUCAAACUAGGAAACAAAAUUUAUCCCAUCCCUAUUUGACUGAUGAUGUGUCGAGUGAUUCUAGUAACUCCUUUCAAGGUCCAGUUGAAACUCUAACCUUCCAAAAUUCAACUCUGUCUUCUGACAUAUAUAAAUCAGAUUCUUAUCAGCUCUUAAUCAAUAAUAACACCUCAAUGCGAAAUAGAAAUCUAUCCCAAAAAUUAGAUAAAAUCGACGAAAUUGUUCCAUUUGCACAAGAAACAGAAAAUUCGACAGAGCAGAAUAUUGAAGCCCUUUUUAAUUUAAACGAAAAUAAUAAUUUCGAACGGAAAGACACAAUUUCCCAAACAAAUACAGAUUAUUCAAGUAAUAUGACAAUGCCAACAUCACCAGCUUUAUCUAUAGUUGAAAAUAUAUCUAUAAGUAAGAGCAUGUUGAAUAAUACCGACGAUUUUGUCUUCGAUGGUGACUUAAAUGGAAAUGGAACAGAAAGAAUAACGCUUAAUAAUUUCAUGACACCCACAUUGGAUGUGUCCAUGCCUUUAAUGGAACAAGAGUGUGACAUUGAUACAAAAAUUCAUGAUGGUGUUGAAUACCACUAUAGUUUGUGUGCUCCAAAAACACCUUCAAUUAUCUCUGAAUCAUUUCUUAAUAAAAUAAACACUGUUAAUAUACAAGACCCGACAUCGGACAGCAUUAACGAUAAGCUAAAGAACUUAAUAUUGGAGAGUACUAAAAAGAGGAUAAAAAAUAACUACAGUGUAGAUGAAAAUAUGGAACAAGAUGAAAUUAUAAAUACUGAUGAUAAAAAGAGUAAAUUCAAGAAACGAAGUUCAACGCCUCGCAAACGGCAAACUACAUCUAAAUUGAAAUUAAUUCAAAAUGAACCGUGCAUUGAAGAAGAGCACAUGGAGACUUGUUCCCAACUCAGCCGCAAGUCUUGCCCACCGGUUUUGCAAAUAUUUGAAGAGAUAAAUAAUAACAACGAAGCGAUUGCCACCAUUGAAAAAAAUAUUGAUAAACCGAAAAAUAGAAAAAAGAAGGAUAUUAUUAAAGUAAAAAUUGAUAAGCCUAAGAGAAAACGCAAAGAAAACGAGCCUGAUUUAAAGUUGAAAGAACAACCAUACCAAACUAACAAGGAACAACAUCAAAACCAUGAAACAACAAACAAUAACCAAAUAGACAGUGGCAUAAACGAGACGCAAUCUAGUAUAUUUCUUCAAAUGUCUGAGGACAGCGUGGAUUUGAUUCACAAUCACUCAGAAACAUGUCUCAACGCGCACGAAUGUUUGGAAGCUAGUGUGAAAAUCAUUGAUAAUUCCACAAAAUCUAUUAUAUCCAUUGAUUCAAAUUCGAUGCUGUCUAACGAAGAUUCUAAUAAAGAUUACUUUAAAAAUUUAUCAGAUAUAUUGGCUCAGGAGUUGUAUUAUAAUGACGCGCAAGAUGGAACACAAAUGAUUAAAGCUACCUCUAACUACGGUUCGGAAUUCAGGCAAAACAACGCUACUGCUACAGUCUUCCACACUCCGCUGGGAAGCCUGUCGACACCUAACAGUCUGAUCACAGAAGACCUAUCUGAUGACGCUCUCCCAAAGCCCGCUUGUAAUACUAAAUGGUAUCUCUUCUCUGAAGAUGAAACGUCUAAUACGAAUGCCUUUGAAGUUGAUCGUAAUUCCGGCUAUGGGGCAAAUUUAAACGAUAUAUUCCCACUAACAUGCGCCGUUCCAGACUUGUCCACCAUUACAGAAAUGUCCAAAGAUGUUGACGAAAAUACAAGGAAGUUCGGUGAAGAUACGAACAGUAGAAAUGAUUUCGAUUCUCAAAGUUUAUUCAAUAAUUAU